GUUGCCUAUAAAAAAACCUGCAAACUUUCAAUCCACAUCAGUUCCACAUUUUGAUUUUAAAAUGUAUAUUCCAGCUGUAGUUUUACUGAUUGGAGUUUCCCUGGCCCAUGGGGUGUCUUUUCAAACCCUCGUAGAAGAACAAUGGCACAACUUCAAGUUGGAACAUGGCAAAUUCUAUCAAACAGAAGACGAAGAAGACUACAGACGCCAGGUUUUCAUGGACAACCUACACAAAAUCAACGAGCACAACAAAAAUUACGAAUUAGGCAUUACUACUUAUAAAAUGGCCAUGAAUCAUAUGGGAGAUCUUACCAGCGAUGAAUUUUUAAGAUACUACACUUCUGAAAUGCCUCAAUUGGACGAAUAUAUGGAAAAUUUAAACAACAGCGAGACUAUAACUUACGGGGAUGACGAUUUUAUUAUUUACGAGCCACAAGUUGAAGUAAAUGUAGAAGAUUUGCCACGGGAUGUUGAUUGGAGCAAACAUGGAGCUGUAACUGGUGUCAAAAAUCAAGGACAAUGUGGAUCUUGUUGGAGUUUUAGUGCUACUGGUGCUCUUGAAGCAGCUUGGUACAGAAAACACGGUCACUUGAUCUCCCUUAGCGAACAAAACUUAGUAGAUUGUUCCUGGAAGUACGGAAACCACGGUUGUAAAGGAGGCUGGAUGCAUUGGGCUUACAACUACAUCAAAGCCAAUGGAGGAAUUGACACUGAACAAGCCUACCCUUACCACGCACACAACCAAGCUUGCCACUACAAUCCGAGAAGUAGAGGAGCUACCGUAGCUGCGGUAGUUCAAUUCAAAGGCGAAGGUGCUUUACAACAAAAAGUAGCCUCUGUAGGACCGAUUGCCAUCGCAGCAGAAGUUGGACACAAUUUCCACUUUUAUCAUUCCGGAGUUUAUUACGAGCCUCAUUGUGGACACAGUUUGAACCAUGCCAUGUUGGUAGUGGGUUAUGGUAAUAACUAUUGGCUGGUGAAGAAUUCCUGGGGCACCGGAUGGGGCGAUCGCGGUUAUAUUAGGAUGGCGAGAAACAGGAAUAAUAAUUGUGGUAUUGCUGAUGCUCCCACGUAUCCUAUUGUGUAAUUUGUUGUUUAAGUGAAUGUAAUAAAUUGAAGUUUUGAUAGACAAAAACAAAUUGAUGUUUUAAUUCAAUAUUUA